UUGUCUGCCACCUUAACGUAACAGAAAUGUCUCUUGAGCAAACUGAGGAUUUGAAAGCUUUUGAGCGCAGACUGACUGAAGUUAUAGACAAGUUGCAGCCUGCAGCAAGAUUUUGGAGAAUAAUCCUGAUAUUUGUGUCCAUAUGUACAGCUGUGGGAGCGUGGACAUGGAUAUGGGAUCCAGACACAUCUCAGGUUCCUUUCAUGCAGUCCCUGAUGAACCACCCAUUCUUCACAUUAACAUGUGUUGUCCUUGUCAUGUUGUUUCUCUGCGGAAUACAUAAAAGAGUUGUUGCUCCAUCAAUCAUAGCUUCACGAUGCAGACAUGUUCUUGCUGAUUAUAAUAUGUCUUGUGAUGAUACUGGGAAGUUGAUAUUAAAGCCAAGACCAACAACAUGAUGCUAAUGCUAAGAUAUGGGAGAACAUGAUAGUUUUGUUUUAACAUGAAAACCUUGGAUGUUGUGACAGAUUUGGUCAGAAGUUAAUUGUAUGAAUGAUACGGAUGGGACAAAAUGAACAUGAUAGCUACGAUGAUUUAUGUUUAAAAUGGCAGUGGUUUUAGACAGAGCGAUUGUUGUGAAUGACACUGAGUUAAAAACUUACAUGGAAUUAUAUUGAAGGAUGUAGCAGUUUAUAUCAAAGAAUGUUCUGCCAAGUAGCAGAGGUUUGAUGUGUAAAUAUUCUUAUUUAUGAAAUUGAUUGAAUUUAUGUGCAAUGGUAUGAAAUGGUAUUAUUGUUAUUCAAAAAAGACUGAUAAACAAGAUAUACCAGUAUUCACCCAUGUCCAUUAUGUUUGUCUUUUUUGUUUUUGAAAGGAAUCGUCGACAUUAAAGGGGCUGUACUCUGUAUGAUGAAAUAGCAAAAGAAAGAAGAAAUUGUCGAAAAACUGACAUAAACUUGGUAUCGAUGUGUACAGUUCAUUGAAACUUACUAACUGAAGUACCACAUGUAUAGUUUACAAUUAACUUAUUUUUCGCAGUUUUUUCGUAUUUUUCCAUUAAAAAAGAUUACAAGGUAUGUCUACCUAGAAGAAUUCAUUCAUUAUGCGUGAUUGGCUAGUUGAUGUUAUCAUGUGAUAUUAUCAAGUUAUGUAUAUAGCUUAAAUAUUCCGACCGUUUAGGGUAACCCUUCCUGGCACAGUGGAUACAACACUGGACUGCAAUUUUGGCGACACCGGUUCGAACCCGGUCUCCGACUCGAUUUUCUUUUUACAAUUAUGAUAUCAAAGAGUAAAACAUUUUAUUAAAUAAUUGUCCUGUGAUUGGUUACAGAAAAAAACUUUUUUGGGUGCCAAUCUGGUGUAUAGUCCCUUUAAGUAAGCAAUUCUUUAUGCACUUGACAGUAGCCCUUUCUCCUUAUUGUGGUAAAUAACCUCAACCAUUAACAAUUUUUGUCACAUAAAGCAAGAUUUAAGCUAUUUUGAUAGUGUUAAAAAAAAAGCUUUGUGUCUGCAGUAUGUGAAACACAAACAAUAUUCAAUAAUAACUUAUUUUUCACAUUUAUACAUCUGAUUUUGAUAAAUGUGAUUUGUGCUAUUUUGUAGAAAAAAAUUCAAAACAUGAAA